AUGCUAGAUCACACCGAGAAGGUGUCCUUGGAUUCGGAAUCGAUGAAAAGAAGAGCUGGAGAUAUGAUCGAACAGAGCAAGAGUAGUAGUAACGACAAGAAGACUUGCGCUGAUUGUGGUACCAGCAAAACUUCUCUUUGGCGUGGUGGUCCCGCCGGACCAAAGUCGCUUUGUAACGCGUGUGGGAUCAGAAAUAGGAAGAAGAGACGAGGAGUGGAGGACAAGAAGCCGAAGAAAUCAAAUUCCGGCGGCGGCGAUCUCAAAAGAAACCCUAAAUAUAGCGAAUCACUAAAACAGAGGAUAAUGGAUUUGGGCAUGCCAAAGAGAUCAACGGUGGAGAAGCAGCGGCGGAAGCUCGGCGAGGAUGAGCAAGCCGCUGUGCUUCUCAUGGCUCUCUCUUAUGGCUCAGUGUACGCUUAG